AUGACCGAGAUAAAAUUGCUUCAGAGCUCUGGGCCUAUUUUGGCUGUGAAGUUUGUGGACUCUCUGCUUCUGAGUGGUGAGGGUCCCCAUCUAGUUGCCAAUGAUGUCUCUACAACAUCUAGAGUGUUUCAAAAACUGGCUUUCAAGAAGAACAAGAUCCACGGCAUAGCGGUGAGCUCCAAAAAUGUUGUGGGAUUAUGGGGAGGCAGAUCGUUGGCAUUUGAAUCUUUGGCUGGUCUUUUGGACGAGAAGCAUGCUAUAGAAGAACUGGCCAUCAACGACUGGAUUGUGCAUGUUGGCUUCAGUACCGAUGGUGAAGUUGCUUAUGUCUUGACCUCACACAAUCUGGUUCUCGUUAUUAAUGUGACGACCCACAAGAUAUUAUCUUCAAAGUCAUGUGGAGAGAAAAGUUUACUGUACUCCGGUUAUGUGAGUGUGACUGGCACUGAGGUAACUGUCGCUGCAGGUACAGUCAUGAGUGGAAUCGUCAUUUGGAAUCUGGCCACUGAAACGAUCGCACACAACCUCAAGGGUCAUGAGGGCUCAAUUUUUGGUGUGAGGAUAUCUGAUGAUGGCAAAAAACUCAUAUCAUGUUCUGACGAUCGUUCCAUCAAAUUAUGGGAUCUGGAAACUGGGAAGAACAUUGCGACGGGCUGGGGACACGGUGCUCGUAUUUGGCAUCUACAGUUCUUCCAGAAAAAUACCAAAAUACUCAGCACGUCUGAGGAUUGUACAGUGAGAGUAUGGGAUGCGGAGUCAGAGGAUUUAGCAAAUGUGGAGGUUUUCAAUGCCCACCAAGGCAAGAAUGCUUGGUGUGGUGAUGUGAACGAAGAGAUCGGGAUUAUUGCUACAGGCGGGUCUGAUGGAAGGCUACGCAUAUUUGAUGUUCAGGAGAGCAAACGUGAAGGUGCUGUUAUUAAACAAUGGUCUCCUGAGUCUGUUUCUGAUGCUACCGAAACACCUUUCACCAAUAACGAGAUUUUCAAAGAGUAUGUUGCAGUUGCAGGAGGCGUUGUUUGUGUGACUUCGGAGGGUAGUCUGUUUUUCCUGAACAAGGAAUUGCAAUGGAAGCUUUUGCUGAAGGAUCCAAGGUUUGCAGGAUUUUCUUUGGUAAGAAGUUUCGAAAUAGAGAACGUGGUUGUCGUCACGUCCAAAGACGGCACCCAUCUUUUGAUCAAGCUUGCAGAAGACGGCUCUGUCCAAGAACAAAAAUCCUUUCAAACUGAAGGACUCAAGGGAAAAGUCACAAAUGUGCUAGUAACAACAGAUAUUGAUACCAUGAUGAUGGUUGUUGAGUCUCCUGUCCCUAGUGACCCCUUUGUUCUCUACGUUUUCUCCAGUGGGCUUGAUGUUAAGUCAACCCUCAAGCUGCCCAAACCCGACACGCGCUUUGUUUCUUCCAGCUUAGCGUACGACGUGCAAAAUGAUUGGAUUCUCAUUUCGUCAAGAUAUACAACUCUCGUGAUGUACGAGCUCAGUUCUCAGACCUUACUGCACACAUGGAAAAAGUUUGUUCCUGGAGAUACCGUUUCCUCGGUAAGGGUUUCGCUAAGUGCGAAAAAUAAGGUGGUUUUUUCUGUGGUUAUACGUGACGGAUCUUAUUACUAUCUCGAAGUCACUAAUGAAAUUGGAGAAAUCCAGUCAAGCAUUUUGGGAGAAAACAGAAUUCAGAAAGGAUUCCUAGAGGGAAUGUUGGAAAGCGAUAAUGGCGACAUCUUACUUUACGGUUUCAGAAGUUCCCAGUUUUUUGUCUGGAACGAAACUCAACAGUACGAGGUCUUCACCGAAACCUGUGGGGGUCCUCACAGACAAUGGCUUUUUAAAAGACUUGAAGGAGAUUCGUUCAUGUUCAUGUAUACGAGAGCGUCCUCAAUCAACGUGAGAGUAACCGGAAAAUUCCCACUACAUUCACGUGCUAUUAAUGUUGGAAAUAACGGCCGAGAAAUCAGAAGCAUCUCCAUUCAGCAAAAAGUCCGCGCAGACCGCACAAAUCUCAUGUUGACUGGUUCUGAAGAUACUUGCAUUCGUCUGUCGGUGGUUGAUGAUGCCAAGCAUAUUAAAAACGUUUGGUCCGAAAGAAAACAUGUUUCCGGAAUCCAGAAGGUCAAGUUCAUAGACUCAAAUCUGGCGAUCUCUUCCGCUGCUAGAGAAGAGCUUUUUGUGUGGUCAAUUGAUGAUACAUAUCCAAAGAGACCAUAUAUCUCGGUUUUGGCAACGCUUGCACCUACCAGUGCCAACCCAGAUCUUCGUAUUAUGGACUUUGACACUGUUCCUGUUCUCGAAGCCGAAAAAACAGUUGGAUAUCUUCUGGCCACUGUCUAUUCCGAUUCUGCCAUAAGAAUUUGGUAUUUUGACCUGAAAUCACGGUCCUUCAAGCUGCUCGUGGAAGACAGAUACAGCACCUGCUGUCUGCUUGAUGCGGCGCUCAUCACCAGAGAGGCUGCGCUUUACCUAAUGACAGGUGCCACCGAUGGCUAUAUUUCAGUUUGGAAUAUUACAGAGAUUCUUGAUUCCAGUCUGAGUGUUUCGGGUGGAAAAUGUCUACUACAGUCAUUGAAGACGGAUGCCUCAACCAAGCUACCAGAAUGCUUGGUAAAACAACAGAUACACCAAUCGGGUAUAAAAUCUGUUGACAUUAGAUCAACACCUGAGGCAGUAUACAUAAUCACUGGUGGUGACGAUAAUUCUCUUUCAUUACUGAGAUUGUUCUCUAGAAACCCGUCGUCAUUGGAGGUUCUGUCACUCGUUGCUAAUGCUGCUUCUUCUACCAUCACCUCCGUUGAGUUCAUUCCAGACUCCCUCAAGGUGUUUGCCACAAGUGUUGACCAAAUAAUCAGGAUUUGGGACUAUUCAGUUGAUGAUCAGCUAACUCUCGAAAAGAAGGAAUAUGUCACCGUGGCAGACACAGGCUGUUCAGCCGUGGCCUCAAUUGGUGAUAAGCCUAUUGGGUUCGUGGGAGGAGCCGGUCUUUCUGUCUACUCUCUGGAAAUUUGA